AUGGCCAACAUCCACACUCCCAUCCCCAACCUCAAGCUCAAUGACGGCAACUCAAUCCCCAUGCUGGGCUACGGCACCGGCACCGCAUGGUACAAGACCGGCGACGAAAGCCAGUUAGACCAAGCCUGCGUGGACGCCACAAAACUUGCAAUCAGUCUGGGCUACUACCACCUCGACGGCGCCGAAGUCUACAAAACCGAGCCCGAACUGGGCAUGGCGAUCAAAGAAAGCGGUGUCGAAAGAUCCAAACUCUUCGUUACCACAAAAGUGUUGCCAAACAUUGGAGAUAUCCCUACUGCCAUCAAGACCAGUCUCAAAAAGUUGCAACUCGAGUAUGUGGAUUUGUAUCUGAUUCAUGCGCCAUUCUUUGGAACGCCGGAAGAGUCGCCAGAGGCAUUGCAAAAGGCGUGGAAAGCAAUGGAGGAAGUCAAGGAAGCUGGCUUGACGCGCAGUAUUGGUGUUUCCAACUUUNUGCCUCAGCACUUGGAUGCUAUCAUCAAGACUGCCACUAUCCCUCCUGCUGUCAACCAAAUCGAGUUUAACGCUUACCUGCAACACCCCGAGUUGCUCACCUACCACAAGGAAAAGGGGAUUGCGACUGAAGCCUAUGGACCCCUGACUCCCGCCACAAAGGCUGCUCCUGGUCCUGUGGACAACGUCCUGGCGGCUUUGGCAAAGAAGUAUGCUGUUAGCCCUGGAGAGAUUUGCUUGAGAUACUGCAUUGAUCAGGAUAUUGUGCCCAUCACUACCAGCAGCAAGGAACAGAGAUUGAGCGAUUAUCUCAGAGCCAUGACUUUCAAGCUUACGCCUAGAGAGGUCAACGAUCUCAACGAGGCUGGCUCGCAGAAGCACUUCAGAGGUUUCUGGAACCACAAGUUUGCCGACAAUGACAGAAGAUAG